AUGCCGAUCCCCUUGGAGGAGCUUGCCAAGCUGGAGUAUCUCUCCUUGGUCUUCAAGGUCUCCACGGAGCUGCACAACCACUUGGGGAUCAACCACAAGGAUCUAGCUGAAUGUUUGAUCAGUCUGGCUGAGAAAAAUACCACCUUGAAUGCUUUUAAGGCUGCUCUGGUUAUGAGUGGGGCGGAAUUCACCGAAUCUCUAGUCCGCAACCUGCUGUGUCUCAUGCAGAACGUGCAGGCCAGGGCAAUGCCAUCCAGGAGCUGAGAUCCCACGGUGAAGCCCAAGAGUGAGAAGGAGAAGCAGAAGGAGCUGUUUCCGGGAGAGUGUGGGCCUGACAAUCUGGCUGCCGCCGCAGCCGCCUCCACCUCCACCUCCACCACCUCUGGGACCAUGCUGGAUGAAGAUAAUAUGAAUGUCGCCGUGGAUGUACUGAGAGAAUUGGAGGCAUUGAUGCCAAGCGCACAAAGGGCCAGGGCCAGGACCAGGACCCAGCCCAGGACCUGGCUUGGGACACAGAGAAAAAGACAGAGACAGAGAACGCAGGUGCAGCCAGCAGUCCUGCUCUUGGCGGUCCGUUCCCGGACCCCGGAGAGGAAGAAAGGGAGGUCCCGACACCGUCCCGGGAGCAGGAGCCAGAGCCCCCCCAAGGACCCAAAGGACCCCUGGGACAAGCUUGAGGAGGGGAGCCUGGCCAGGUGGCGGGACAAGCGCAUGGACCGCCCAUCAGCUGAGGAGCCAGUGAUUGGCCAUAUCUACACAGGAAAUGUCAGCAUUCUGUAGUUCAGGUGCUUUUUGCAGCUGGACCGGCUCAGGAAGUGGUGGGAAGGCCUGUUGCACAUCUCGGAGCUGCGGCGCAAGGCCCGUGUGGCUAAGGUGGCGGACGCGAUGACCAAAGGACAGCGGGUCAUGUCCAAAGUGUUGUCCUUCACCGGCACCAGGACCAGCCUGAGCAUGAAGGAUGUGGAUCCGGAGAGCAGAGAGGAUCUGAUCGCAAGUGGGUGGUGCUGGGAGAGGCAGAGGUGUCGGCGACUGCAGCAGGAGCCACGAUGGAUGCAGGGGUCGUAAAAUCUGGUCAGGGAGACCGGAAAGGAGACCUCCAUUCGGAUCCUAGACAGACCCAGCCACCUGCUGCUCGUCGGCGCCCCCAAGGUGGAGGACGACUAGCUGGCGAGCAAGCGCCUCCUCACAGCCAUUACGGAUCUUGAGAAGUGGGAGAUCAAGCAGAUGACUGUGGCCAACGUCCUCUCCAAAGAAGAGUUUCCAGACUUUGAUAUGGAGACAGUCAUCCUCCCGCAGCUGCAUGGUGGGGAAGAUAAGGACCUGGAGAUCCAGCUGGUGGAUGAAAAGCCCCCGUUCCUAAGGGCCGCACGAAGGGCAUCAGCGGACAUGAGCCCCGCCUUCAAGGUGGUGAAGAACCUGGAAGGCUCGCUGUGGUGGGCCGCCAUGAUGCAGAGCGUGCUGGCCAAGGAGCGGCGGGAGCUGAAGCAGGCGCAGCUGCGGGAGGCCGACGUGGACUCCAUCCCCACGGGCCUCCACAAGCACUGGGUCGACCCCCUGCCUGACGCCCAGGGCAGGCAGAUCACGGCCAAGCUGUGGGUGAUCAGUAUGAUGCCCAGCCACGUCCCCAAGUGGAAGAGGCACGCGUUCGGGGGCCACCAGGUGUCGUUCGGCAAGAAGACACAGCUGUCCAUCCUGGAGCAGCGGGAGGGCCUGCCCAUAUACAGGCUGAAGGGGCAGCUGCUGCAGGCCUUCCAUGACACCAAGGUCCUCAUCAUCAUCAGGGAGACCGGGUCCGGGAAGAGGCAGAUCACCCUGUAUCUGGCCGAGGCCACCUACGCGAGCCCAGGCAAGAUCAGCUGAAGCCAGCCCAGGCACGGGGCCAUCAUGUCUGUGGCCAAGAGGGUGGCGGAGGAGUUCAGCUGCUGCUUGGGUCAAGAGGUGGGCUACAUCAUCCACUUCGAAGACUGUAGUGGCCCGCAGACCUGCAUCCAGUACAUGAUGGACGGCAUGCUGCUGUGCGAGUGCCUGGCGGACCCCGACCUGAUGCAGUACGCCGUCAUCAUGUUGGACGAGGCCCACAAGAGGACCAUCCACACUGACGUGCUGUGCGGCCUGCUGAAGGAGACCGUGCAGAAGCAGCGGGACAUGAAGCUGAUCGUAACCUCGGCCACACUGGACGUGGUAAAGUUCUCCCAGUACUUCUCAGAGGCCCCCAUCUUCCCCGUGCCAGGCUGCACGUGCCCUGUGGAGAUCCUGUAUGCCAAGGAGCCCGAGACCGACUACCUGGGCGCCAGCCUGAUCACCGCCAUGCAGAUCCACCUCACUGAGGCACCGGGUGACAUCCUGGUCUUCCUGACCAGGCAGGAGGAGAUCGACAUGGCCUGAAAGAUCCUGUAUGAGAGGAUGAAGUCCCUGGGCACCGACGUCCCUGAGCAGAUCAUCCUGCCUGUGUACUCUGCCCUGCCCAGCGCCAUGCAGACCCAGAUCUUGGACCCAGCCCCGUGGGUCAGCAGGAAUGUUGUGAUGGCCACCAACAUCACGGAGACCUCAUUGACCAUCGCCGGCAUCUACAACAUGGUGGACCCCGGGUUUCUGAAGCAAAUGGUCUACGACUACAAGAUGGGUAUGGACCAGCUGGUGGUGACGCCCAUCUCGCAGGCCCAGGAGAAGCAGCGCGCAGGCAGGGCCGGCUGCAAGGGCCCCGGCAGGUACUACCAGCUGUACACGGAGCACGCCUGCCAUGACGAGAUGCUCGCCUCCAAUGUGCCCGAGAUCCAGAGGACUGACCUGGCCAGCACCGUGCUGUCCCUCACGGCCAUGAGCGUCAACGACCUGCUGUCCUUCGACUUCAUGGAUGCCCCACCAGUGGAGACCCUGCUCACGGCCAUGGACCAGCUCUACGCGCUGAGGGCCCUGGACGACAAGGGCCUGCUCACCCGCCUCGGCCGCAGGAUGGCGCAGUUCCCGCUGGAACCCAUGCUGUGCAAGAUGCUCAUCAUGUCGGUGCGCCUGGGCUGCAGCGAGGAGAUGCUGACCAUCGUGUCCAUGCUGUCCGUGCAGAGCGUCUUCUACAGGCCCAAGGACAAACAAGCCCUCGCCGACCAGAAGAAGGCCAAGUUCCACCAGGCCCAGGGCGACCACCUCACGCUGCUGGCGGUGUACAACUCCUGGGAGAACAACGGGUUCUCCCAGGCCUGGUGCUACGACCACUUCCUCCAGGCCCGCUCCCUGCGCCGCGCGCGGGACGUCCGCAAGCAGAUGCUGGGCAUCAUGGACAGGCACAAGCUGGACGUGGUGUCCUGCGGCGAGGCCACGGUGCGCGUGCAGAAGGCCAUCUGCAGUGGCUUCUUCCGCAACGCGGCCAGGAAGGACCCGCAGGAGGGCUACCGCACGCUCCUCGGCCAGCGGGGCGUCUACCUCCACCCCUCAGGCGCCCUCUUCCACCGGCAGCCCGAGUGGGUGGUGUACCACGAGCUGGUGCUGACCACCAAGGAGUACAUGCGCGAGGUCACCACCGUCGACCCGCGCUGGCUGGCGGAGUUGGCGCCCGCCUUCUUCAAGGUCUCGGACCCCGCCAAGCUCAGCCAGCAGAAGCAGCGGCAGCGCCUGGAGCCCCUGUACAACCGCUACGAGGAAUACCAGCAGAAUCAAGGCAAAGGAAGCAACGAGGUCAUCUGGUCUCCGGAAGCGAACAAAAUACAUCUCCAGGAACCAACUCGAGUGAGUUUGCCCUGA